AUGGUAACAAAAAGCUUUGGAAAUUGGGUUUAUGAUCGAGUUUUAGGCUCUGGAGGUUUUGGACAGGUUGAACUGUGGAAAGAAAAAUUUACGGAUAAAAAAAUUGCCAUAAAAAGAUGUAUGUUACCAGACGAUGAUAUAACUCCAAAACAAGCAAUGAGGUGGAAAAAUGAAAUAUUCAUGAUGCAAAAUUUUCAACAUCCAAACAUUGUUAAAGCUAUUCCACUACCUGAUGUAAUAUCUUUUGAAUCUUCAGUGUUGUGUAUGGAGUUUUGCAACAAAGGCAAUUUAAGAAAGUUAAUCAACGAACCAGGCAAUGCAUGUGGAUUAGUAGAAAAGGAAGUACUAUCAGUUAUGAAGGAUAUUUCUUCAGCUCUCAAGUAUUUACACUACAAUAGUAUAACUCAUAGAGAUUUAAAACCUGAAAAUGUUGUACUUCAUGAAAAAAAUAAUAUGAUAAUUUACAAACUGAUUGAUCUUGGAUUUGCUAAGGAACUGGGAAACAAAACGGCAACAGCAUCGCUAGUAGGAACAUUUAAUUAUGCUGCUCCAGAGUUAUUUUUGAGCAACAAAUAUACAAGUUCAAUUGAUUAUUGGAGUAUGGGAAUUUUAUUUUUCGAAGUUUUAACUGGUUAUAAACCAUUUAUUCCUCAAAAACAAAAUUUAUUCAAGUGGCUUCAUGCUUUGGAAAGUAAAAGAUACGAUGACAUUUGGGCACAAGAAAUUGAUGGGAAAAUAAUAUUGUAUGAUAAUCUAAUUCAUGCCAAUGAUCUAUCAGACUACAUAUUAAACAAAUUGGUCGAAUGGUUCAAAAUUUCUUUACAGUGGAAUCCGAAAAAAAGAGGGAAACGUCCGGGUUCUGCUGAAAAUGUGUUUUUCACUGUGUUGAAGGAAGUAUUCCCAAAAAUGACUAUACACAUAUUUUCUGUAAAUCUAUACAGAGUUGAUAGGUACAAUAUCAACAGUAAUGUUAAAUUAGUUGAGUUACAACAGUGGAUAGAACAAAAAACUAAAAUUCCUGUUAAUGAACAAGUUAUUGCAAAUACUCAUGGUAAAAUACUUUCUACAAAAAGUAAAUCUGGUACCUUAUUAUUUCAAGAUAUCCCGAAUUCAAUAUUAUAUGUAUAUAACAACGAAAGUUUGGAAGUAACUAAGUUUGACUGUGAUUGGAAAAUGCCUAGUAUAAUUAAUGUCAUGUUAAUGAAUCCAGACGAAAUUAAAGAAAAAGUAUUAUUAAGACAAUGCUACACAUCAUUGAUUUAUAUCAUGAGAUACGAAGUUAAUUUAUUUAAACAGUACAUUUUUGCUUUAGGCACAAAAUAUGAUAUUAUCCAAGUACAAAUAAAAAAAUUUUAUCAAAUUCUUCUAAAGGGUUUAGCAGAUGUAGAAUCACUACUAAAUCAAGUAAAAGAAACAUUAAAAAGUCACGAAUCUUCUAACGUGAAAAAAUCCUUGGUUGAUUUAAUGAAUAAAAUUGAGAAUCUUUAUAAGGCUUUUAAUAAGAUAAAAAGUGAUAUUGACGGUUUUGAUGGUACGAAAAGAUAUGGACAAUUCGAUGAAGAAAAAGAAAAGCUAUUAAAAGAUGAAGAAACAGUAACAUUUUUAAGGGACUUACAUCGAUUUGAGAAAAGUUUUCAUUCUUAUAUGAAGGGGAUCGAAGCAGGCACAGAGUUACUCCCUUCAUAUAAAAAAAAAUUAUCAGAACUACUUACUACAACGGCAUCUGAUAGUGUGAUACUUGAUAAUGAUAAUCAAAAGAGUCAAAGCCUAGUUAAAAAUGAUGAUACUGAAAUCAAAGAUAAUAUUGUUCUGCUAUCCCUGUUCAAUGAAUAUCUAAAGAGUGGUCAAGAAAAUUGGUCAAGAGUAAAAUCAGAUUUUGAAAAACUUGAACUUUAA